AUGGUCUUAGCAUCCAGCACCACUGCCCUGUGCUGUCCCAAAGGCGCAUCAUGCAAGGCCAUCACCACCAUAACCUGCGACAUCACCAAGCAAGACGUGGUUGAAAAUCCGGGUAGCGUGAUACACACCACGAAUCUCGGCGAAUCUUUACCGAAGUGUGGGAAGCAGUGUUGUCCGUUUGGCUACAAAUGCCGUGGCGGAUCUGCCUGCGUGUUGGAUGAGGACGAAGAGACCAGAAGCACCACCAGCACAAACACCAUUGUCACGAGAACAAAGAGCAAUUUGGUCUCCACGACAUCUGGUUCCAGUCUCGUAAAGACCACUGCAUCAGAGGCAACUGAGACAGCAACCACCGUUGCCGAAGGGCUUCCGGCGUCGAGAACCCCGUCCGUCACCGGAGUCCAGCAGAUUCCUACACCGUCAGAGACAGAAACCCCAGCGGCCGCUAAUUCGGAAAAGACCACAUCGGGGGGUGUGAUAGCGGGCACCACUGUUGCAGCCGUCGCCUCCGUGGCAGGUUUGACUUGCCUGCUCUGGCUCAAACGACGCUCCAUCUCCGAAAAGGUCGGCUCCGCCAAGUUCCCCCGCCCAUGGCAGCAACUCGGCCAGAACAAUUCUGACCAGGACGUCGCACUGCCGCGAUACAACUCUCCACCGCCGGCGUACGCCGUACAGCAGCGUCCGCCUACCAAGCAGUACACGUUCAAGCACUAUAGCCCAGAGUCAAUAGGCGCGGACCAGCCGGUCGAGCUGCCUGCUACGCCGGUUUCUUUCAGCAUGUGGAACCCUCGCAGUCCUCGCAGUCCCAGGCGGCCACGGUCUCACUUCGAACCGUACCGGCGUCCUGAGUAA